UUGCUGUUAUCUACUUAAGUUUCGAAAGGAAAUUAAAACAUAGGAAAUAAUUUCGUUAUUGAUUAUUUUUGUUCGUUCAACAUUACUUACACAAAAAAUGGACACUUACGACGACUUAAGUCCAAAUGAGGUUAAUGAUUUGUUACGAAAAUGGCGUGAAAAUAAUGAGCGAAAGAGUUCCGACGUUGUGUCACUUUGGAUGAAUGUUUUACAAGCACACAGUAACAAAUAUGGUAAUGAAAAGUAUGUCUUAUUAGAGCAAAUAAUUUAUGCCAUGUUAGACUGUCAUUUAUAUGGUUUAGCUAAGGGCUUGAUAUAUGUUUUAUCCCUGGAAUUCCCGAGAAGUCUGAGAGUGAUGCGUUAUAAAGCUGCAGCCCUAGAAGCAGAAGAAAAGUACGAUGAAGCACUUAACGUUUUGGAUGUUAUAAUUAACGCGGACGAGACAAACGCUCCGGCCCGCAAGCGCCGCGUUGCUGUGCUCAAAGCUCAGGGCCUAAUACACGAAGCUAUCAAAGAACUCGCUGACUAUUUGAAGAAGUUCAUGUCAGACGUGGAAGCAUGGCAGGAGCUGUGCGAGCUUUACCUGCAGGUGCAAGAGUACUCACGUGCUGCUUUUUGCGCCGAGGAGCUGAUCCUGCACCAGCCACAUAACCAUCUAAUGCAUCAGCGGCUCGCUGAUAUACGAUACACUAUGGGUGGCAUUGAAAAUAUGGAGUUGGCGAAAACCUAUUACUGUCAAACUUUGAAGUUGAAUCCUGACAAUUUGCGAGCACUACUGGGAUUGUUCUUAGUUGCGAACAACCUACUAGGUCAAUACAAAUCAUCGGGCAGUUCUAAACGCAAAGAGGCGUGGAAGCUGUCCCAAUGGGCGCAGUCCAGAGUCACUGCCAAGCAGCGGGAAGCCAAGGCCAAGCUCGGCCUCACUGACAUGAUGUUAUCCCUUUCCCUCGCUGAAUAAUUAAAUUAAGGUAUAAUGCAGAAUUCC